GACAGAACACUGAACUGGUAGAGUGUGAAGUAAGAAACGUUACAUUCCACAUCUUGAAAUUGGUCUAAGUUGUCUAAGAAAGAUUCGCUGGGAAUUAUAUUCAACGGACAAGUGUUAAAAUAUAGUUGUUUCUCUCAGAGAGAGAGAGAGAGAAAGAGAGAGAGUCAUGUUUAGAGAUAUUGAAAAUCUCGAUAUAUAUUUCCUCCUUCCUUAUUGCCAACGAAUGUUAACGUAUCAUUUUAACUUUUUAACAAUUUAGUGACAUACUGCCAAAUUAGUUUAUAAGGCCAGAAUUUUACUGAAGUAUGUGGACCAUCGCAUUACCUCUUGUAGGGAAUUAGUCGUAAAGACUUCUAUGUAUAGGCACUAGGAUGUGAUCUUAUGUUUGUUUUGUUAUCGCAAAUAUCUAAUCUGUAAAGUGACAGCAUUACUCACCGAGGCAGUGUGACACUGACUGUGGAUAGAAGAAGCAUGUCUCCCCAUGGUCAGCGAGAACGAUAUCUAGGGGUCGUGUUCCUAUCCCUUACCUUGCUAACACAGUGUCAAGGUUUGACAACAGUGGAUCCCGGCUCUAGAAAUAAUGACGUCACAACACUAAUUCGUAUUGUGUCGGAAUUGACCGAUCGAGUUCAAGUUUUGGAAACCGCCCGAACAAAUGUGCAGGUAGAAAUCGACAAUUUGGAAGAUAAAACUGAAAACUUACAGAGGCAACUUGGCAAAUGUAAAAUGGAACAGAAUCCUCUUGAUGAAGACUUCACACCCAUACCAAAUAUCGCAGGUGACAAAGGGAAUGGGGCAAAUGAAACCAAAACCAAUACGAAGCGCACACCUGAUGCAUUAACAAAAGUCCGUGGAGCACAAGAAAUGACAGGAAGAGAAAGGAUUAGUGGUGAAAAGACUGACAGAGUCGGUAUUUUGGAAGGCAUGGUCGCAUUUUACGCUCGACUUACAAGCAAUGUAAACAACGUAAUGGUUGAUUACACCAUCAAAUUUGGCACAGUGGUUACCAACCGUGGUGGCGGGUACAACCCUACCACCGGGGCCUUUACUUGUCCCCAACCCGGCAUGUACGUCUUCAGCUGGACAACUGCCUUGGGUUCUACUGGUAUGGUAGAGACAGAAAUUACAAGAAAUGGCAUCUCCAGCGGAACUGGGGUAAUAAAGUCCAUGCAUGAGUCCGGUGCCAAAGAUACAAAUAUGGUGCUGUUGGAAUUAUCACUCGGAGACGUUGUUCUUAUCAGAGUGUGGUAUAUAAGUUCACCAAGCGCAAUAACGUUGUGGGAUCACCGGACUUAUUUUUCCGGAUUUCUUUUACGUUAACCUAUAUAUUGGAACACUUCAAGUGUUCCUUUUUAUGCGUGAAAUAAAGAAAUGUCUGA